AUGGCUAAAUACAGGCGUUUUCUGGCUUUUACACUGUUAUUGUUUUUGUUUAUGAAACCGUCUUUGUCCUUCGAUCAAGUGCCUGCGAUCCUAGACAGGAGCUCGGAGAUCCCCUCUUAUCAAGCAAUCAGAAUCAGGACAGAUGGAGUAGGCGUUGAGAGUCCAAGUGCCUCACAUGAGGGCAGUUAUUUGCCUGCAGCUGAAAAUCCACUCAGAAGAAUACUGCAGCCUUAUGGAUGGCAUCUACAUGCCCAACCUAGAUCUAAACGGAAGUUACUUCAGUCUACAAGCUCGGGUCCUUACUCCCCACUGAAUGUGGCUUACAAUGGCAAGAUAUGCAUUCUAUUUAAGGCAAAGAGGAUAGCUAUCCGCUACCGCAACAACACCUUUCUGGAUCUGACAGACAGGGUGUUUGGGCCUAAUGCACCAGUAGAUACGAAAGGCUCGGUUUGCACCAAGGAGAAAGCCACACUCUCCCUUCGCUUAGGAGAUGUGGAAGAUAUCAGAGGACUUGUCAUCAGACUCCAGAUGUCCAACACCUUCUAUGAAUCUGCAGGCCAGAACUGGUUCACUCUAGAUAGCGUUCAUAUUCACUACAACUGGACACAUGAAGCCACAUUUAAUGCCACAGAGGUUUACGCCCCCGCCACCUAUUCUUACCACUGCCAGCAUGUCAGCAGCUUACAGAAAUAUGACACCUUCCUGGUGCCCAGCUCCCACACUGACAGCUCUGCAAACUGGCACAUCACUUUUACUGAUUUCCAGAUCCAGGCCUUCAAUGUUCAGUCGAACAAGUUUGCCUCAGCUAGUGACUGUGCCACCUUCUUCACUCCAGCCAUCCUAAUGGGCCUGAUCACCUCUCUGAUCCUGCUGCUGGUGCUGGCUUACGCCCUGCACAUGGUGGUGCAUCUAAAGCACAUUGACCGUUACGAAGAGCACAAGACCACCGUCUACUUCCCUCGGACCCCCGAGGCCGAGCACCCCGACAAAAACAGCUUGUGA